AUGAAAGUAAACCAUAAACAAAUUAGCAGCGUCAGUAUUAACGAAGCAGUAGAAAGUAGUUCUGAAAUACAAGAAGGGAUUCCAAAUAAUAACAAUAAAAAUGACAAAAAUCAGGAAAGUAUUUGGAAUAAGAAGAGCAGUUUCCAUACAUGGUUGGUUCUUUGUUAUUCUACAGGACCAGUGGCCUCAAUGAGUCGAACUUAUGUUCCGGCAUCAAUUCAAUCUAUUGCAAGAAAUGUAGGGAAAACAAGAAUGAACCAACCUUGUGGUACACAGGGAAAUGAUUGCUAUGUUAAGUUUGGAUUUAUAACUGUUCAUCACACUUCCUACGUGUUGUACUUGCGGGCAGUCUCUACAGCCAUUGAAGGCAUAGUUGCUAUUUUUUUAAUGGGUAUAGCUGAUUAUUCCAAUUAUAGAAAACUAUUUCUUAUAUUUUCAAUCCUAAUCUAUGGUUUUCUUGCCUUACCAUUCAUUGGUCUAACAAAUAAUGAUUACCAAACGUUGGUACUAGCAUCCAUAUUGUAUUCCUUGCUAAUAAUUGACGAUUCCAUAUACCAAAUUCUUGAAGGUUCUUAUAUUCCUUUAUUUAUGAGAGCAGAUAAAGAAAAUCCAAUGCAAAGAGGCUCUGUUGUGGCUGUUUUGGGGUUAUUUCUUGGUAAUUUGGGAGGUAUAACUGCUCUUGUUAUCGGUAUUAUCAUUUCAUAUUCAAGCGGAACACCCGAAAUAAAAGGAUAUCAUAAUUUUUUAAUUGCAAUAACAGUUGCUGGUUGCAUGACAAUUGUGUUAUCAUUAUUUUCAGCUUUAUAUAUUCCCAAUGUCCAGGGAAAACCACGAGUUGACAGUUUUCUAGUUUUGCCAUUCAAAAGAUUUUUCAAUUUAUUGAAGGAUAUACAAAAAUAUCCAAUGGCAUUUCUUUAUUGCAUAUCGUGGGUAAUAUGGAACGUGAGUUUUAAUAACUUUAUGAGUAUGUUUCUUUUAUUAUUCAGAUCAACGUUGGGAUUAGGUAAUUCAGAUGCUGAAUAUACUGUUUAUACUUUUAUGUCCUAUAUCUGUUCCUCAGGGGGAUCCCUUCUUUGGAUGCUCCUAUACCAAAAAUGGAACAACAAUAUCAAAUAUUGGGGUUACGCCUUUUUGCUGGUCAGUUUGUUAGCCAAUUUUUGGGGAUGCUUAGGAAUUAAUAAAUUGACUCCAAUUGGAUUUCAGAAUCGAUGGGAGUUUUGGGUUUUUGAAGUUUUCUAUUCAGCAACUUCUUCAGCAAUGAGGUCUUUAAAUAGGUGUAUAUACUCUCUGUUGUUACCAGUGGGAAACGAAGCACAAUACUUUGGGUUGGAGGUUACAUUGGGAAUUGCAAGUGGUUGGAUUGGUAGCUUGGUCAAUGCUGUAAUCCAAGAUAGAACCAAUGAUGAUAGAUUCCCAUUCUUGCCUAAUAUGUUUCUAGUUAUCGUCUCGCUUAUAUUAUAUUACUAUGUUGAUUUGCAAAAAGGUAUGAACGACGUGGAUAAUGAAGAGUCAUAA